AUGAAAACAACAUUAUUUUUAUGGACGAUUAUUUGUACGGUCGUUCUGACAGCGUACGCCACUCCCGCCAUCAGUUCCAAUGAAAAUGCGAUUCCUGCAGUUAAUCGCAAUCAACUGGAAGAAGGGUUUCUGCGAAAACUCAAUACGAAAUGUAGCCAAAGGGAUAAUCACUCGUGUAUGAUGCUCAAAUUGAUUGUCUACAUGAAUCGGAUAUUUAAGAAAUCUUCCUUGGAAGUGAAUAAAAAAGUUACAGUAACACAGAAUCGAGAUAUUGACGAAAUACCCGAUGACCCGGAAGAUGAUAUACUUUUGGCACGUUCCAUUGAUUCCGACGAUGAAACACUGGCCUUGAUUGUGGCCAAUAAAAUACGAAAAUUCAUAUCAUCACGAACGUUACGCUAUCAUUUCAGUGAUAAUGCAGAUUUUGUGGCAUAUGCCGAACCGAAGGGUAAUUUGAAUAUUGGUGUAUCGAUUAGCCCAGGUGUGGCCUUGGAAGAGGGAAGAGGUAAAAUGAAAAAUAUGCUACCCAUAUUGAUGAUGAUGGCUGGUAAGGCGGGCCUGGUUGGUGCCAUUAUACUGAAGGGGUUAUUUUUGUUGGCGGGUAAGGCAUUAAUUGUGUCUAAGAUUGCCCUGCUGCUGUCGGUGAUAAUUGCUCUGAAGAAGCUGUUGUCACAAAAGAAACAUAUUGUCGAAGUUCCACAUCAUGAUAGCUAUAGUAGUGGAUGGGCUCGUGCCUUGGAUGGAUUUGUGGAAGGUUUAGUUGAAGUACCGGCCAAAAUUUUGGCUGAAGAGGCACAUGAUAUGGCAUUUAGCGCUCAAAAGCCAGAAGAUCUGUAA